AUAUUUUGUCCACACCUGUCGCUAUAGUCUCUUCUGCUUCGAGUGAUAGUAUAAGAAUAACACUUUAUAGCAUUUAAUAUUUUUCUUUCACGAAAAAGAUAUUAUUUGACAGAUACUUUACAAAAGGUAAAACAUAAACUACAAAUUUUUUUGUAUUGGUAUUGUUAUUUCAUCGUUUAAUAUGUGAAUGAAGAGACAUAAAUCAAAACAGACACAACAUGAAUUUACGUGAGCCAAAAAAAAAGAAAGGAUCAAAAGCAGUGUAUAAAUCUUCCAUACCAAUUACAUUAGAUAAAGGAGAAUGGAUUGUUUAUACCGCUCAUCUUACAGAUUCCGGAUCUUGCAUUAAUAAUCCGGAUGAAAUUGCAACAGUUCAUUCCAUGGGGUUUUAUGGUAAAGGGUCUUUAUCACGAGGUUAUCCAACAUUUGGAAGAGCUCGAUAUAAUGCACCACCUAUAAUCAGAAAUAGACAAUGGGUCCGUCGACAAGCAUGGUUACAAGAAAUUGAAAUACUUGGUAGCGCUGCCAAUACAUCAAAUCAAUUUGUAGAUGUAGAAGAAAAACAAGAACCAACCAAUAAUGAAAAGAAAUCAGAAGAAUCAGAUAUCAUGGAUAUUGAUGUAAAUGUAUCUAACAUUACGGCAAAUGAAGACAGUAACAAGCAAAUAUUCAAUGAUAAUGAAUUCUGUGAAAUAGUUCCUUCCUCUUCCGAAGAAGAUAUAUGCAUAAUUGUUAACAAAGAGUCUGAAAAGAACAUUGACAAAACAGUUAAAGAAAGCGAUGAAACAAUUUCAAAAGAUGAAUCUAUUGAUUUCGAUAAUUCAGAUUAUUGUGAUUCGGUAACAACAAAUACACUUAACGAAAGUGACAAAUCUGAUGUACAAAAACAGUUAUUAGUUCUACCAGACAGCGACUCAGAGGUAGAAAAUUAUCUGGAAAAUGUCAAACCAAGAAUUGAAAUGGAAAGUUUUCCAGUUAUGGAAUCCUUACAUAUGUCUUUUGAAGAAACAUUUUUCCUUAUGUUCGCUUUAGAUUGUCUACAACUAAUACAUUUUGAUGGUUCUUUAAUGGAUAUUCAUAGCGCUUGGUUCUAUUUUUGUGAAGAAGAUAAAAAUUUUAUACAAAAAUAUGUUGUAUACCAUUAUUUUCGAAGCAAGGGUUGGGUUGUUAAAUCAGGCCUUAAAUAUGGAGGAGAUUUUUUAUUGUACAAGCAAGGGCCAUCGUUUUAUCAUGCCUCUUAUAUAGUUAUAAUAGAUGUUGUGGAUGCAGAUUCAUUAACUACAAUUCCUAGUAAAUCUUCUCGAAAGACGAGCUGGAGUAAUUUAAUUGGAUUAGAUCGUUUAUCUGAAUGCGCUGCCAAGGAAAUAUUAUUUGCCCAAGUUUUGUGGCCUUCAUCGAUCUCUUUAAAUUCUGGUCCAUCGAAUCCACAUAUGUUAUCUGAAUUCACAGUAAGAGAAUUAUUAUGGAGGCGAUGGAACCCAAAACAUAAUCAAGAUGUAAUGAUCGUAGAAGAAGAAGAGGACGAAGAUUCGUGUUAAGAUUAGUUUUUAUGUCAUUUAAAAAAGUAAAAAUCUAUAUUUUCCAUCUCAUUUAUUUCUUAUAAAUUAAACUUUGUACUUCAUUAAAAUAUCAUAAAUAGUCUAUGAAUGAAUUCAAAAUUCAUUAAUUAACUUUAUUUAGCGUUAAUAAAAUAAUAAGUUUAUAACUAAUUAGAACUACAUAUCUUUUAAAGUUGUAUUUCAAUACGAUUACAAAUAAUUUAAUACUAUCUAUUUACAAUCCUGAAGGAUCAAA